AGUCAGUGCAUGGACAAGCACGUGGACGUAAGCAGAAUGACAUGAACUUGUGUAGGGUGUAAAUGGUCCAUAAAAUUUGUUCAUGGUGAUCCGGACCAGAGCCAAUAUUGUGGAUGAGAUGGCUGUUUCCAUAGAAACAGGACUCCACGACUAUCUCUCAAAGAGAUAUGUCCAGAUCGUGAUGAAACAAAGAUCAGAGGACGCCUUUGACGCCGUGCUGCACGUGACCCCUGUCAAUAAAGUGGACAAACUGUUGACCAAGCUGGGCGACGAGGGGUUCGGGGAGGGACCGAGUGCCAGCCAAGUCCUCAGCAUCUCUGAGGGCGACACCGUCGAGGUCACAUUUCGCGGCAACAUCACCUCCAGCGACGACCGACCUCUCGAGGUCCAGUUUAACUCCAAUGUGUCGUCACACGUGCAGUUCACACUGACGGAGGUGGACAAGUACCUUCAGAAGAACUUCCCCGUGUAUAGGGGCGUAGUGCAGGUGUACCGGAAGUACACGGUUGUUCCGGCGGAAGUCCGGUCCAUCACGCGGAAGGUUUCUGACGACGAAGCGAAACAGGGACCGGAAGUGAAGAGGGAUCUGCUGUGCGAGCUGCUGAUAAGCAUUCCGAAGUACCACAUUGAGCCGUGUCCAGUGCCAGUCAAAGCUCCAAUCACAAUCCACAACACACGUGACCCAGUGAACGAGGACUACAUGCACAGCCUGGCGGCAGAGUUGGGCGAGGAGUGGCGGAAGGUGGCGCACUAUCUGAACGUGCAGCGCGUGCGGAUCCAGGCAAUACUGCGCCACAUGCAGCUCGGGGAGAGGUCGGACGCGGACGCCAAGUUCGACAUGCUGAUGACGUGGCUGAAGAGAGCGCCAAAGUCGAGUGACAAGGUGGCCAUAUUGUCAACGGCGUUGAUCAAGAGCGGAAGGGAGGACCUGUCAGAACAGAUCCGCACCCGCCAGAGGGAGUACCGGGAACAACAGAUUGGAAGCCGCUGAUUGGUCGGCUCCGUGACGUCAUACAUAACAACGCCCACGCACUCGGAAGAACCAAUCACAGCACCAUUUAUUCAUGCGGGACUGGAAGAUGAUAUAAUUGACACCAUUGUGACAAGCUACACAUAUACUCUUAUUUAUAUUUUGCUUAUAGUUCCACAGACUGUAUGUCAACAGAAUCACCGGAUCCUGUUUAGGACACCGGAUCCUGUUUAGGACACCUGGUGGUCAGCACUUUCAGUACAUACAUUUACCCCGUACCGACGUAGCUCCACGUUCAGACAGUCAACCUCCUGUAUGAAGCCUGGUAUUAUCUAACGUCAUUGAUGUAGUGUACAACAUUAUAAAGUAGAGAUUACAGGUUGAUAUUGACGAAUGAAGCAAUAUUCUAUGUCCAGGUGCCUUGUAACUGUUUAGGUUAUUCCCACUAACCUGUCCCGCAAUAACGACCUUGUGAUAUACGCCCUUCAGUAUAUUCUGAGCCAAAACUUAGGGUCAGCACACAUUUACGGAACAAACAGUAUCACCCAAAAUAUAUAUGAUCCCUUUUUUUGUGUGUUCAGUAUCACUCUUUCGUAAAUGUGGCUCUAACACAUUAAUACCACCAAUUAUUUAUAAAAGCAUUAAAUCCAAAUGGAUGGAUGUGUCUCCGAAUGCACAUGCAGUUGCAUAACACGGAGUAUAUUAUGUCAAUUUACAUACAAAACGAGCCCGCCAAUUAUUCCAAACAUUAAGCGUAAAGACAGUCAGGAUGUUGCGUACAGCCACCACACUGUACAGAGUAACAGGGACGAACGCUGUACGAAACUUUUGUAGGACUAAAUUAUUAGCAACAUACCUAAUGCUACUCAAAAUCCAUUGUGUUGGUGACUGCUAAUGUGAAAUGCUAUUGGUGGCAUUGAUUGAUUGUAGAUGUGUAGUCAGGGUUACUCUCUGAUCCUGCCUGUAUUUAUAUUACCAACAUAUCAUAUAUCAGUAUUUCCUUUGAAUAUAACUUUAUUUGCAUGGAUCGGAGACGUAAUAUUCGUGUUAUCCAGCUGUAUGAAUACUGUCUUUGUGUAGUCGUAGUGUUACAGGAUUACGGUGGUGUGUCUAUACGUAUUAUAAACUGACGGGCACUGAUACAAGCUGGAACAUUGACAUGAAUGUCUAAAGUUUAUUACAUAAGAUUAUAUUACCGUUCCUGAUGAAACACCAACGCUUAAAUCGAAGACUCAUUCCGACAAAACAACCAUUGGUGUAAACAUACACACAUGUACACGUCGACUAUAUCCCCGAUACACCAAGACACCCGCCCUGAAGUGUGUCCGACAAACACACAACACUUACAUCGUCAUCUAGAAUUCCGCCCUGAACUGUGUCCGACACACACACGACACUUACACCUUCAUCUAGAAUUCCGCCCUGAACUGUGUCCGACACACACACGACACUUACACCGUCAUCUAGAAUUCCGUCCUGAACUGUGUCCGACACACACACAAGACACUUACACCGUCAUCUAGAAUUCCGUCCUAAACUAUGUCCGACACACACACAACACUUACAUCGUCAUCUAGAAUUCCGUCCUGAACUGUGUCCGACACACACACAACACUUACACCGUCAUCUAGAAUUCCGUCCUGAACUGUGUCCGACACACACACAACACUUACACCGUCAUCUAGAAUUCCGUCCUGAACUGUGUCCGACACACACACAACACUUACACCGUCAUCUAGAAUUCCGUCCUGAACUGUGUCCGACACACACACAACACUUACAUCGUCAUCUAGAAUUCCGUCCUGAACUGUGUCCGACACACACACAACACUUACACCGUCAUCUAGAAUUCCGUCCUAAACUAUGUCAGACACACACACAACACUUACACCGUCAUCUAGAAUUCCAUCCUAAACUAUGUCCGACACACACACAACACUUACAUCGUCAUCUAGAAUUCCGUCCUGAACUGUGUCCGACACACACACGACACUUACACCGUCAUCUAGAAUUCCGUCCUGAACUGUGUCCGACACACACACAACACUUACACCGUCAUCUAGAAUUCCGUCCUAAACUAUGUCAGACACACACACAACACUUACACCGUCAUCUAGAAUUCCAUCCUAAACUAUGUCCGACACACACACAACACUUACACCGUCAUCUAGAAUUCCGUCCUGAACUGCGUCCGACACACACACAACACUUACAUCGUCAUCUAGAAUUCCGUCCUAAACUAUGUCCGACACACACACAACACUUACACCGUCAUCUAGAAUUCCGUCCUAAACUAUGUCCGACACACACACAACACUUACAUCGUCAUCUAAAAUUCCGUCCUAAACUAUGUCCGACACACACACAACACUUACACCGUCAUCUAGAAUUCCGUCCUAUACUGUGUCCGACACACACACGACACUUACACCGUCAUCUAGAAUUCCGCCCUGAACUGUGUCCGACACACACACAAGACACUUACACCGUCAUCUAGAAUUCCGCCCUGAACUGUGUCCGACACACACACACAACACUUAUACCUUCAUCUAGAAUUCCGUCCUAAACUGUGUCCGACACACACAUGACACUUACACCGUCGUCUAGAUUUCCGCCCUGAACUGUGUCCGACACACACACAACACUUACACCGUCAUCUAGAAUUCCAUUCUUAACUGUGUCCGACACACACACAACACUUACACCGUCAUCUAGAAUUCCGUUCUCAACUGCGUCCAACACACACACGACACUUAAACCGUCAUCUAGAAUUCCGUUCUCAACUGCGUCCGACACACACACAACACUUACACCGUCAUCUAGAAUUCCGUUCUCAACUGCGUCCGACACACACACGACACUUAAACCGUCAUCUAGAAUUCCGUUCUCCACUGUGUCCGACACACACACGACACUUACAUCGCAUCUACAAUUCCGUCCUGAACUGUGUCCGACACACACAUGACACUUACACCGUCAUCUAGAAUUCCUUUCUCAACUGCGUCCGACACACACACGACACUUACACCGUCAUCUAAAAUUCCGUCCUGAACUGUGACCGACAUGCACACGACACUUACACCGUCAUCUAGAAUUCCGUUCUUAACUGCGUCCGACACACACACAACACUUACACCGUCAUCUAGAAUUCAGUUCUUAACUGCAUCCGACACACACACGACACUUACAUCGUCAUCUAGAAUUCCGUUCUCAACUGCGUCCGACACACACACAACACUUACACCGUCAUCUAGAAUUCCGUUCUCAACUGCGUCCGACACACACAAGACACUUACACCAUCAUCUAGAAUUCCGUUCUCAACUGUGUCUAACACACACACAAGACUUACACCAUCAUCUAGAAUUCCGUUCUCAACUGCGUCCGACACACACACGACACUCACACCAUCAUCUUCCGUCCUGAAGUGUGUCCGACACACACACGACACUUACACCGUCAUCUAGAAUUGCGUUCUCAAGUGUGUCCGACACACACAAGACACUUACAUCGUCAUCUAGAAUUCCGUUCUCAACUGCGUCCCACACACACAUGACACUUACACCGUCAUCUAGAAUUCCGUUCUCAACUGCGUCCGACACACACACGACACUUACACCGUCAUCUAGACUCCGUUCUCAACUGCGUCCGACACACACACGACACUUACACUGUCAUCUAGAAUUCCAUUCUUAACUGCGUCCGACACACACACGACACUUACAUCGUCAUCUAGAAUUCCGUUCUCAACUGUGUCCGACACACACACAACACUUACACCGUCAUCUAGAAUUCCGUUCUCAACUGUGUCCGACACACACAAGACACUUACACCGUCAUCUAGAAUUCCGUUCUCAACUGUGUCCGACACACACACAACACUUACACCGUCAUCUAGAAUUCCGUUUUCAACUGUGUCCGACACGCACACAACACUUGCACCGUCAUCUAGAAUUCCGUUCUCAACUGCGUCCGACACACACAAGACACUUACACCGUCAUCUAGAAUUCCAUUCUCAACUGAGUCCGACACGCACACGACACUUACACCGUCAUCUAGAACUCCGUUCUCAACUGUCUCCGACACACACACAACACUUCCACCGUCAUCUAAAAUUUAACAAAUGUGUCCGACAUACACACGACACUUACACCGUCAUCUAGAAUUCCGUCCUGAACUGUGUCCGACACGCACACGACACUUACACCGUCAUCCAGAAUUCCGUCCUGAACUGUGUCCGACACACACACGACACUUACACCGUCAUCCAGAAUUCCGUCCUGAACUGUGUCCGACACACACACGACACUUACACCGUCAUCUAGAAUUCCGUCCUGAACUGUGUCCGACACGCACACAACACUUACACCGUCAUCUAGAAUUCCGCCCUGAACUGUGUCCGACACACACACGACACUUACACCGUCAUCCAGAAUUCCGUCCUGAACUAUGUCCGACACACGCAUGACACUUACACCGUCAUCUAGAAUUCCGCCCUGAACUGUGUCCGACACACACACGUCACUUACACCGUCAUCUAGAAUUCCAUUCUCAACUGAGUCCGACACGCACACGACACUUACACCGUCAUCUAGAAUUCUGUUCUCAACUGCGUCCGACACACACAUGACACUUACACCGUCAUCUAGAACUCCGUUCUCAACUGUCUCCGACACACACACAACACUUCCACUGUCAUCUAAAAUUUAACAAAUGUGUCCGACAUACACACGACACUUACACCGUCAUCUAGAAUUCCGUCCUGAACUGUGUCCGACACGCACACGACACUUACACCGUCAUCCAGAAUUCCGUCCUGAACUGUGUCCGACACACACACGACACUUACACCGUCAUCCAGAAUUCCGUCCUGAACUGUGUCCGACACACACACGACACUUACACCGUCAUCUAGAAUUCCGUCCUGAACUGUGUCCGACACGCACACGACACUUACACCGUCAUCCAGAAUUCCGUCCUGAACUAUGUCCGACACACACACGACACUUACACCGUCAUCUAGAAUUCCGUCCUGAACUGUGUCCGACACGCACACAACACUUACACCGUCAUCUAGAAUUCCGCCCUGAACUGUGUCCGACACACACACGACACUUACACCGUCAUCCAGAAUUCCGUCCUGAACUAUGUCCGACACACACAUGACACUUACACCUUCAUCUAGAAUUCUGCCCUGAACUGUGUCCGACACACACACGUCACUUACACCGUCAUCUAGAAUUUCGCCCUGAACUGUGUCCGACACACACACAACACUUACACCGUCAUCUAGAAUUCCGUCCUGAACUGCGUCCGACACGCACACGACACUUACACCGUCAUCUUCCGUCAAGAAGUGUGCCUGUCCACACUCACUGUAUUACAACAUCAAGGCUUUCUGUGAUCCGUCUUUAUCAUUGACAUAUGCAAUAAACUGUUAAAGCAUCACAA